CUUAGUCCUAAUUAAGUGCAUUGACAAUGUCUUUCUUCUUCCCAUCAAUAAACAAGAAGCAAACAACAAUGGCCAUCCUGCUCCUCCUAUGCACCGCCAUGGCGGCAGCCGCAGGAGAAGCACAGCUCACAUGCAACACCGUGCUGAGCACCCUGACCCCUUGCUUCGGUUUCGUCAUGGGGUUGGGAAAUUUCACAAAGGAGUGUUGUGGCGGGGCUAAGUCGGUGUUCAAAACCGCCCAAUCCCAGGGGGUGAAGGCCCGCAAGACCGUCUGUUCAUGCUUGAAGAACAUGGCUCCAAUCGCGACUCCAGACCAGAUGUCGCGAGCCGCGAGCCUCCCUGGCAAGUGUCACAUUGCCGUGCCCUUUAAGAUUAGCACUCAAAUUGACUGUUCAACCAUCCACUAACGUUAAUGCAUGGUUGAACGGUCAAAGUGAGCGCGACAUGUGCAUGCACGUUUUAUAAAUAUACAAGUAAUGCAAUAUAAUGUCAUCACAAAAUAAAGUGUAAUACCAUCGACGAUGUAUUGUUAUUAUAUUGUUGAUUGAGGUUGCCAUUGUACGUACAUUGGGGGAUUAGUUUAAUUACUUUGAUGGUACUUAUGUAUUGCUAAUUAACCUCUUCAUGUAUGAGAUGUGUUAAACUUGUGUUUUUAUGUUUAAUUAUCAACAUUAUUGUUUAUCUGGAGUUUUUAGUGUAUGCUACUCCUUCCGUCCUAUAAUUAAUUAAAUAUCUUAUGUUUGU